AACUUAAACAUAUGUUAAUUUUUGUUUACAACAAUAUCAGUAUAGUGACCAAAAUACUUGUGGUUAAAAAUUUAAAAGUAAUCAGAAACAAUAAAUAAAGAUGUUUUCACUGGUUAGAAAAAGAAUAAUCCAACAAAACAUUAUGAGACACUUCAGUACAUCACGCAUACACCAGAUACUAGAAAAACCGGAUUGUUGUGAAGAUCCAUGCUGUGAUGAUGCUCCUCCCCCCCCUGAACAGGAUCAUGGACACUCCUACAAAGUCUAUAAGGCCAUCAGCCUGUUCCUCUUUCCAGUCAUCCUGAUGAUGACAUUUGUACAGUACAAAAACUAUGUAGCAGCAAAAACAGAAUGUGAAGACAGGCCAGAAUUCAUUCCUUAUGACCAUUUGAGGAUUCGUACAAAGAGGUUCCCUUGGGGUGAUGGCAUCAAGUCACUGUUCCACAAUCCUCAUGUUAACCCAUUGCCCGAUGGUUACGAGGACGAACACAACGAAUAAAUAAAAAAGAAAAUUAAAAGUAUUUUACCUAAA